AUGAGCGACACGACUCCUGAAAAUAUCACGUCUAAUGUGUUCUCCAUGACCGAUGAAUCGCUGGCCAACCGCUACAAAUUUGUGAAAGAGCAUGGUGUAGGAAACUGGGGGAGCGUCUGGCUAGCUACCGACAAGACAUCUGCAUCUCAAGCUGAAGGUCAUCCCAAAGUUGCAAUCAAGGUUGUCCAUCGCUCCAAGACGCAGACAACAGCGGCGCGAGUGCGCGCAUUGUGGAAUGAGAUGAAGGUCGUACGCUCCUUCAAGGAAGACUGUCAUCCCUCGAUUGUCAAAUUUCAUGAAUUUAUUAUUUCCCCAAGCUAUGCUCUGAUCGUCAUGGAAUUUUUGCCAAAAGCGUUGCCCGUGCCCGCCGCUGAAACACAAGCCAAAACGUGGUUCGUGUCACUGAGUUCGGCCGUUCACUUCCUUCACGAGCACGGGGUCGUGCAUAACGAUAUCAAGCCCGCAAACAUUUUAUUGUCGAAAGAGGGUGUUCCAAAACUGGUCGAUUUUGGCUUCUCCGAAUGUUAUGGUUUAUCCACACCGGACGCGUUUCGGUCGUCUCUUGCUUAUGGAACACCUGAAUACCUCAGCCCCGAACGUGCUCGAGGCCAAUUUCACGAUUCUCGCAAGUCUGAUGUAUGGGCACUGGGAGUCACCUUUUUCGAGAUUAUCAUGGGUCGUACGCCAUUUGAAAGCGAUCGUGGCGAGCAAUUCAUCUCCAAGGACGAGCUGGAUAUAUAUUGGAAGCGCACCUACAAGGGCAAGUGGCUAGUCUCAAACAACGAGAGCAUUCGCAAGAAAAUGAGCAGGCCGUUGGAAUCUCUCUUACGUCGAAUGCUUGCUCCAAACGCCGAUGUUCGGGUUACAGCCUCUCAAAUUGUCUCUGACCCUUACUGGUCAACUCAAACCAUCGACUGCUUGAUACCAUCCAGUGAUUCGGAAACGGUAACAAAACGACUAGGCAACCCUACACGAGCAACUCUCAGCUCAAAGUCCAAUGCAAGAAAUUCGGGUCGAGCAUCCGUCAACAAGACUCGUGCUUCGAAUGACUACUCUAGUGGCAAGGAGAACCGUCCGCCACAACCAAAGUCGCCAACCCUUCGCCAUAUGGGUUUGAGUAUCAACGCUGGUUCUCGUAACGUCGAAGUCCGAUCACCUUCACUUUGUAACCAGGAAUCCACGGGUGUCAGGGAGAUUGCUGAAAAACACGUAAAGCAGAUCCCUAUUUGUGAGGAUCAAGUCGAAGGAGCUGCUCAAGGAGUCAAGGAUGCAGUCGCUGGGAGUACCUCGCAGUCAUUGCCACCACUUCCAGCGAUCGGGAUUCCCUUUCAUACCCGCAUGCGUGCAAGCGACGCUAUCAUCUCUGCAAGCACUCAACCUCGUGCCGUAGGAUUCUCAGUAGAUCUGAACUCACCUCAGCAACUCCACGGGCGUCGCGCAUUGCGACAUAUGGCCUCUGAUCAGUAUCCCUUCAAUGAAAGGUCCAUCGACGGUGCUCGUGUAGAGGCCACAGAAUCCCGGCAUAGCUUGCGCACUGUUCGGAGGACGAGGAGUGAUAUGGAGAUGACUCAAUCGAGCCAGCCUAACGGCACCACGGCCAAUGGCCAUUUGCAUAAGCGUACACCGUCGUACAACUCGUUGGCCAUUGAACGCGCCAAUAUUGUCGCCAUUCCAGAAGUUCAUGUCGAGGAAGCAGACGAUCUGAAUACCGUAGUCGCAACGGAUUCUGAUGCAACGAGAAACGACGAUUCUGAAAGCUACUAUGAUCGACUCUUGGUCGAAAGUCAUGACGUUGAACGAGUCGGUAAAGGAUACCAAUCCAACCUAUGCACCCGCAACGACCACAAAACGAGCCGCAAAUCUGCUGCGCCAUCCUCCUUCAAUGCCCCUCCAUCUGAACUCAAGAAAAAGAUUUCGACGUCCCAAUUUUUGAAUAGUGUUCGUGAACAAGCAAGACCCCGACGAAAGAUGCGCCAAGCAGCCUCGUUUGAUGGGAUUGGGGUUAUGCGCCGACAAGAGACUCCAAACCUUGCUCGCCCGAGACCAGUGUCAGCCAACUUGGAGGCGAUGUCAGCUCAUAAUGACCUUGCGAAGAGCAAGGAAAAGAAGAAAUCCGUGGCUGGAACGAUGUACAAAGCCCUGCUUACCCUAGUGGGUGCCAGAGAGAAGCCUCCCAAGGCACACUAG